AUGCUUGCAACUCUUCCUACUCUACACCGGAAGGAUGGUGUAAUUGCAACGUACCAUAUAGAAGAUGAAGUGGAUGUUGAGGAUUUCAUCAAGGAGAUGACCCACACAGUGUACUUUAAUGAGGCCGAAUGUGAAGUGAAGUGUUCAUGUGCCUUGUUUGAGAUGAGAGGGAUACUAUGUAGACAUGUGUUAGGCAUUAUGAGAGUUAACAAAGUCCGUUCGGUUCCUGAAAAGUACAUACUAGAUCGAUGGCAGAAAGACAUCAAAAGGACAUACACUCUUAUACGAAGUAGUUAUGACUUAGUUGAUCAGAGGCCUGAAGUUAGCAGAUAUUCACGUAUCAUCAAGAAAUGCUAUGAAGUAGCCACAAAUGCAUCUUCAUGUGAUGAGCACACUGAGGAUAUGUUAGAUAAGCUAGAUGCGAUGAACUUAGGCUACCGCACCAAGACGCCGCCCUCGAAGGUUGUAACUACUGAUGCCGAAACAACGACAGCUGUGAGUUCUAAGAAAGUAUUGAGUCCUAAUGUAGUCAAAGGAAAAGGUAGACCGCCAUCUCUUAGAAAAAAAUCAAUGAUUGAGAAAGUAAAACACACGACGAAGAAGGCUAGUCAAAAAGGAAAGCGUAAACAGCCGCAUGGAAUACAAGGCGUGGAUGUUGGAACGUGCAGGAAUUUAUUUGGAGAAGCAGAUGUUGGAACAACACAAAAUGUUCCAGUUCAGCCGUCACAAUACACUACCGAAGUGUUGGACUUUAGUGCAACCGAAGUAGGCUUUGCAGUGAAUGAGACUCAAGAAAGUAUGCAAAUUGGGUUGGAUGGAACCCAGCCGGAAUUCAUGCAUGAGACACAACCGUCACAAUAA